GGAAUGGUGUAGCGCCCAGACCCGUCGGGACCUCCCGGUCCCCUGGGGAUGGCCACUGGUCGUCUUGAGCGCGACCGCUCCCGGCUCGAGCUCUCGCGCCUCGCUAUCCGCGAACCGCCUCCAGCUGCCCGCAGCCGGCCCUCGCGGAUGCUUUCGGCGGGACAAGCGGCCACGGUCCUGCUCCGGAGCGAUGGCACCGCCGUGGCCUGCGGCUGGAAUGACGCCCAGUGCGAGCUCCCGGCGCUGCCCGCGGGCCUCACCUACACGCAGGUCGCCGCUGGAGGGGAUCACACGGUCCUGCUCCGGAGCGAUGGCUCCGCCGUGGCCUGCGGCUGGAAUGAUGACGGCCAGUGCGCCCUCCCGGCGCUGCCCGCGGGCCUCACCUACACGCAGGUCGCCGCUGGAGGGAGGCACACGGUCCUGCUCAGGAGCGAUGGCUCCGCCGUGGCCUGCGGCCGGAAUGGCAACGGCCAGUGCGCCCUCCCGGCGCUGCCCGCGGGCCUCACCUACACGCAGGUCGCCGCUGGAAUGAGGCACACGGUCCUGCUCCGGAGCGAUGGCACCGCCGUGGCCUGCUGCCUGAAUCAUGACGGCCAGUGCGAGCUCCCGGCGCUGCCCGCGGGCCUCACCUACACGCAGGUCGCCGCUGGAGGGAGGCACACGGUCCUGCUCCUGAGCAAUGGCUCAGCCGUGGCCUGCGGCUGGAAUGAUGAGGGCCAGUGCGCCCUCCCGGCGCUGCCCGCGGGCUUCACCUACGCGCAGGUCGCCGCUGGAGGGAGGCACACGGUCUUGCUCCGGAGCGAUGGCACCGCCGUGGCCUGCGGCUUGAAUCAUGACGGCCAGUGCGCCCUCCCGGCGCUGCCCGCGGGCCUCACCUACACGCAGGUCGCCGCUGGAGGGAGGCACACGGUCCUGCUCAGGAGCGAUGGCUCCGCCGUGGCCUGCGGCCGGAAUGGCAACGGCCAGUGCGAGCUCCCGGCGCUGCCCGCGGGCCUCACCUACAUGGCCGACCUGUUGCCGGCGAUGCUCCUCCAGGCGUCGCUGGACGGCGACACGAUGCGCUUCAUGACCUUUGGCGGGGCGGAGCGCUCCAGGUCCUGGGCCGGGCCCGGCGCUCGCCUCGCGGACAUCUACGAGCAGCUGCUGGCCGACCACCGCGCGGGCAGACUGGGGCCCCGAGCCUGGCGGGUGGACGCCGUCCUGCCGGGCGGCCGGCUUCUGAGCAGCGCGGCGGCCGAAGAAAUUGUCGCCGAGGCCUUGGAGCUUCCCCGUGCCACGUAGCGAUACAGAGAGACAUUCCGAUUCCGGGGCGGCGCAAGGUUGCGAAGAUGGCCGCGCGUCGCACGUCGCGCGGCGCGGGGCGCGAGGUUGGGUGGCCCAGGCGGGGCGAGGAGCCCCGCGAGAUCUCCUUUCUUGCGCGCGUGGUUGUUGC